AUGGUUACAUGUAAUCUUCCGAGAUCACGACAGAAGCUUCCCUCCAUCUUUCAGUCUCUCUAUCCUUCUCAUACCCACAGCAUCCGAUACUUAAACGCGCCUACCGCCCUUCACGCUUCCAACUCCAGCUCUAUCAUUUUCAAACAUCGAUUCAUUACUACUACUACUACUACUAUUACUACUACUCCUACUCAACUUCCACACUCGAUUCUCAAUCACAUCAAUCGUUUUCACCAUCCCAUCAAGAUCCUCUUUCAAUUAGAUCCAAACUCCACCCGAGCCUUUCACCAUGUGCCAUUUCAAAGUUGUCAAAUACAGCGGCUGCGGCUCGGAGCAUCAAGAUACGAGAGGGUGCUCCAGGCUGGUGUCUGUGGACGUGCGAAUUGCAGCUACUACGAGCACCAACGCCCCAGCGGAAGAUGGGCUUCAGGGAACUCGAGCACCACCCCAAAUAUCCAUAUCAAUUUCGACAACUUUGGAGUCCACCCCAAGGGCCCUAGUCCUUCACCCGCUGCUCCCAAGCCUACUCCGGAAAUACCAAUGCCUACUGCCCCCAAGCCAUACUUGUACGAUAUGAGAGAGUGCCGCAACUAUUCUCAGGGUCCUUACACCUCCAUUGAUGAUAAUGCGGAUUACGACUUUACAUUGGAUUUUGAGUAA